ACUAAAAUGUCAUCGAUGACCACAAUGCGCCAUUUUGUUCUUCUGUUUUUAACGGACUCAACAGCUCCAUGGCCAUGGCGAUGCGUGUUUCUUCCCAAUCUCUAUUUUUUUCUCUCAAUAAUGCAAGGGAAGUUCUUACACAUUUUAUGACAGAUGUUGUUCAUCCAGCUAGCAAAUAUUGUAAAUUUAAUGGUAAAAGUAAAACCACAACAAUAUCAUUUCGAGGCUCUGUAAAGCAUAUACAAACAGUAUGCAGAAUCACAGUUCCUGGAUCCUCUUUAGAAACUGUUGUGAAUCCACCUUCAAAUUUACUAAAAGACAGAAAAGUGGUACCUGAUUCAGAUCCACCAACCACUAAAGAUGUUGAUCUUUUAUACGAGUUUUUUGCUAAAAGUACUAAACUUGUUGCUUUGACUGGAGCUGGAAUAAGCACAGAGUGUGGCAUUCCUGAUUACAGAAGCCCAAAUGGAGCUUAUAGUACUGGUUUCAAGCCGAUUACUCAUCAGCAAUUUAUUCGUUCUAGUCGUGCAAGAAGGAGGUAUUGGGCAAGAAGCUAUGCAGGAUGGAGGAAGUUUAAUGAAGCUAAACCAAGUGCAGCUCACACUGCUUUAGCAUCUUUAGAAAAAGCAAAUCGAAUUAGCUUUAUGAUCACACAAAACGUCGAUAGGUUGCACCAUCGUGCUGGUAGUACCCCGCUUGAGUUACAUGGGACUGUGUACACCGUUGGAUGUGUGGAUUGUGGAUUCUUAUUCCCAAGGGAGUUGUUUCAAGAGAAAUUGAAGUCUUUAAAUCCAAAGUGGGCGGAAGCUAUAGAAAGUUUGGAUUAUGAUAGUAAUUCAGAUAAGAGUUUUGGGAUGAAGCAAAGGCCCGAUGGUGAUAUUGAAAUUGAUGAAAAGUUUUGGGAAGAAGAUUUUCACAUACCAACUUGCUCUAAAUGUAACGGGGUACUAAAACCAGAUGUGGUAUUUUUUGGUGAUAAUGUACCAAAGGAAAGAGCUAAUAUGGCAAUGGAGGCGGCUAAAGGGUGUGAUGCUUUUCUUGUUCUUGGUUCAUCGGUUAUGACCAUGUCUGCUUUUCGACUUGUCAGAGCAGCUCAUGAGGGUGGUGCUGCUACAGCAAUUGUAAAUAUAGGCAACACUCGAGCUGAUGAUUUUGCAGAGUUGAAAAUUAAUGCGCGCCUAGGAGAGAUAUUACCACGGAUACUUAACACCGGGUCGCUCAGUAUUCCUGCUAUAUAAAAGUUUGAACAUGAUGUUUGUUUUGUAAAAUUUAUUUUAUACACCUACAACAUGCAAAAAAUAAUUUGUGAUUGUAUAAUUAGGCAUAUCAUCUCCAAACAAAAAUCAAUGUAUGAAAUAGUUGUUUUAGGAUA